GGUUAUUUGUCAUAAUCUGUCAGUGCCAGUGCAUUAGUUUAUAGUUUUGAAAAGUUAUUUAGUGAGAAUAAUUAAAUUUAUCUUGGACUCAAGAUUGCUCGCUUCUAAUCGUAAUAGUUGAGAUAUUUUAACGACAUACUUUAUAAUAUUAAAACAUGUCUAUUCUUGCUUACAAUGGAGGUGCUAUGGUGGCAAUGAAGGGCGAAAACUGCGUUGCCAUAGCGGCAGAUAGGAGAUUUGGUAUCCAAGCCCAAACAGUAGCUACAAAUUUUCAAAAAAUAUUUGAAAUGGGUCCCCAUUUAUAUGUCGGUCUCCCAGGAUUAGCCACUGAUACACAAACAGUAAUGGAAAAACUUCGUUUCCGUAAAAACCUCUAUGAACUAAAAGAGAAUAGAAGGAUAGCACCUAAAACAUUUGCUUCAAUGAUUUCAAAUAUGUUAUAUGAAAAGAGAUUUGGUCCAUUUUUCGUAGAGCCUGUUGUAGCUGGACUUAGUCCUGAUACUUAUGAACCAUUUAUCUGUAAUAUGGACCUUAUCGGAUGUAUUAACCAACCCUCAGAUUUUGUUGUUGGAGGUACAGCUUCUGCACAAUUAUAUGGUAUGUGUGAAGCUCUUUGGGAACCAAAUUUGGGUCCAGAGGACCUUUUCGAAACUAUAUCUCAAGCUCUCAUUAAUGCCUUCGAUCGGGAUGCCAUAUCUGGUUGGGGAGCUACAGUUUACAUUAUAGAGAAGGACAAGGUAACAGUGAAGAAUUUGAAGACUCGUAUGGAUUAGUUAAUUUUUUUUCAAUUUUUCAUUUAUAUUUAAUAAAAUAAUUUGAUCUAA